AUGGCAUCGGAUGUCGAUGCCAUCUUCGGCGUCUCCUCUUGCCUCCCUGUCGUGAGCUCGCGCGCUCAUGGCCUGGUCUUCUUUGCUGCCGAGAAUUUCGUCGUCCGGCACAGCUUGGGGGAUGGUGCGCGGGCUCAUUUCCGAGGGCAUGCAGGGGAGGUGCAAGCUCUUGCGGUCGAGGAGACUAGCGGCUGCCUGUUUUCAGCGGACAGCACAUGUCUUAUCUGCUGGGACCUUGCCUCUAUGAAGCAACUAGCACGGGUGUCCGUCGGAGAGCGCCAUGGAGAGGAGGAUUGGAGAGUGCGACAGAUGCACUGCCCUAAGGGAGGUAAGCUGCUCGUGAGCUUAGAGCAUGCAGUCAAGAGCGUUAGGAGCAACCCGAUCUAUGCUGUGAGGUUGAGAGACCCUUGGCAUUCCUUCAGGAUACUUUCCGAGUACUCCACCACCAGUCACAAGGUCGAAGCCUCGCCUGUGCUCCCUGCUAUCCUAGCGGUAGAGGGCAUGCUCGACUUCUUCCUCCUCACUUCUCAUGACCUCGUGGCGUUGAGCUGGCAGUCCGUCAAGAAGAGGAUGCACGCUACCCCCCUUGUGCAGGACAGCGAAGAUAGGCUGUUUGAUCUCUCGUACACGUGGAGGAUAGGUACAAGCGCAGAAGAACUUUUCAUAGAUGGUUCCGUCGAUGAAUCCUCUGCCAGCAUUUCUGUGUUGAGCCGUCAUAACUUGAUUUGGGUUGUGGACAUGUUCACGGGAACAAAGAUCCGCGAGGUCCAGCUGGAUGCGAGGAGAGGAUUGUUCUCCUCGAUCUGUUGCCUGCCAGGCGAGCGAGUGCUUGUAGGAGGGUCGCAAGGAGUUGUGCUGGCUCUUGACAAGAAGAAAGGUUCCGUAAUGCAAGAUUGGGCUCAAGUGUGCAAGGACAAGUACAUCAAGUCCGAGAGCAUGGACACAGUGUUGGGCGACGUGCCUAGAGAUUCAACUCCACUGCACCCGCUGAUCUCCAAGAUGAUUCGUGUCUCUAAUGCGCUGCUAGUCAUCACGGACGACGGGGAUCUGAUCGUCUUCGACACUCAGAGGAGGCAGCAGAUCGCCAGCCAGACUUCGUUUCCAGGAGAAAUAUCAAGCCUCUCCUUGUACGGCAGGUCCAGGUACCUGAGCUUCGCCCUCCUUGUUCGGACGUCUCUCAAAAUGUGA